AGGCGGAGCUACAGACACAUAAACACACACAUGCUCUGAUCACUCAGCAGUUUAGAGGAGCUUUAGAGGAGGUUGGUGGAUGUUUUUACUGCAGUGCUUCAGUUCUGCCUGAGGGAGAAACUGCUGGGAUUAAUUAACGGACUGAAAUGACCUGAAACUCAUCACUAUCUCAACAGAGCCAAUGAAGCGAACAGUAUUCAUCUUUCUACUGGCCAUCACAUGGCCUUCAACUCAGGCCCUCUUCACGGUGACGUCUGAGCAGGAUUCCUAUGAUGGUGAACUGCACAAAAAGAUCACAAUGGGCUGUCGGUUCUCACCUGUUGAAAAAUCUCAAAUCUCUCAGCUGUCAGUCAUCUGGCAGCGUGUCGAGCCCUUACCAGUCAUGGAGGUAUAUCGGUUGGAGAAGGGCGUAGAGAUCCGAAACGUCACCGACGGACAGUUUCAGAACCGAGCACAGCUUCUAAAGGACGAGCUGAAGAAGUUUCGGGCUGUUCUGGAGCUUUUCCCUCUUCAGAUCAGCGACUCCGGCACGUAUCAGUGCAUCGUUAAACACAAGGAGGCAGACUACAAGAAGACGACUCUAACAGUACGAGCUCCCUACCGUCCUGUUAGAAAAAACAUCAGACGGCUGAAUAACGAAGAGGUGGAGCUUUCCUGCGAGUCUCAAGGCUUCCCAUUGGCUCAUGUGGACUGGAGUGAGGAAGAGCUGACUAGACGGAUGAACAACACCUCUGAAAAGACUAGCGAGGGCACUUAUAAACUCACCAGCCGGGUGACUGUCACGGGGAACGUUAUUAAAAACUACACUUGCUCUUUUAUGGAGGAGAAGAAAACUGGUCCAUCAGCCACUUUCAACAUUCCAGGUGAAAUUCCAGUGAGGAGUAAUUGGUCACAUGGUUACGCUGCCGUAGGCGUCAUCUCCGUGAUGUGUUUGGGUUUUGCUGUUACCUCACUGAUCCUGCACUGGAGGAGGAAAGGUCAAAAGAAUAAAGGCUCGAUGUCGACUGUGUGCAUAACAUCAGAACCCAAUCUGACCGUAACGUCAGCGGACUUCUUAAUUCCAAAGAAAGAUGCCAAACCUGAUUCAUUUAGCGUUUCAUCAGAAGUGUGUGGUGAGAAAGUGGAGAAGCUGAGGGAGGUUCUGAUGAAGAGAUAUGCUGAACUCGACACCUCAGAGCUGAGGAGUGGGUUCACACUGAUCUGCGGAGAAGGGCAGUUCAGUCAUCUCCAGCCGCUAAUCCCCGGCCCAAAGCAGACCGUCCUCCUGGAAGGAAGAGAAGGAAGCGGGAAAUCAUCUGUCUCUCGAACCCUGGCUUCGUCCUGGGCGAAGAACGUCAGCUCCGGCCCCGUCAGCCUCAGCGGGAUCCGACUGGUGAUUUUAGUGAACUUUGAGGGAGCGGACGGUGAUUUCUUCCAAGUUGUGAGGUCAAACAUUCCAAGUGAAGCUGAUCUGGAGACAGCGGACGUUAAAAACAUUCUCCUGGGGAACACGGACAGUCUCCUCCUUCUGGACGGCUAUAGAAAAGGGGACAGAGAGGUGGACGAGACGCUGGUUAAGUUCUUAAAGGAGCGAAGCAGCAGCAGGGUGCUGAUCACAGCCCGGCCCGGUCAGCUCAGCAGUGCGGGGGAGGUGAUCACCAGAAUCUUUCAGCUUCACACAGAAAACACACAGACUGAAAACAGCUGAAAACCAGCAGCAAUGGAUAUUAUAAUCCAUAAUAUUAAUAAUAUUACAGUCUCACAGUAAUGCUGAGGGAUUAAAACACAGGAAUUUUACUCUAUGCAUCAAAUCAUAAAGGUUACAUUUCUAUCUUCUACUGAUCUGAUGGUGAAUUUAAUACCAAUCGUUUACAUUUUUUAAAUAGGGGAUAUAGGAAUUGGUCCAGAAUUCUCACAACAUCACUCCGUCCCAGUGACUGUAUACAAACAUGGACAGAGCAGCAUCUUUCUUAAAAAGUGAAGCAAAUAUAGUUCUAGUGCCUCUGCUGGCUGGCUCCAGUAUGUAGAUCUAGUGUAGCUCCACCCAUCUCCAAAAUAGACACUUUACAGGAGAGAGAUAAAACCUUAUGCUUACGAAUUGUUAAAAAGUGAUUGACAGCCUUGGCUGGAUCAGACCAUCUUUAUUACUACAUAAUACCACAGUUAGUACCGACCCUGCAAUGUGAUUGGCUGAAAGGCGUUCUAUGAGUACCAUUAUCAGCUGGUAAUGCACUGUAACCAAAGCUCUAUGUAUUAGGUGACCUAGGAACGAUGCAGCGCUUACAAGCCAAACAGCGCAGCUAGAAACAGAGCAGCAAUGGAACUAUUUUAUCUGGCGGAGUUUUUAUAACCAAACAGAUCCUAUCUCUCCUCCUCUUUAACUCUUUAAAAUCUUUCAAUAAACAGUGAUAAUGGAACUGUGGUAUAAUCACAAUAAUACAUUCAUGUCUAUGACCGCAACACAGCAGUGCCAAUAUUACACGUUAUAGCUCGAACCUCGAGUGUAAAUAUGGUGAGGCUAAGUUGAAGUUGUUGAACUGUCUGGCUUAAUGAUUAGCCAGUUAAUUAUUAAUAAUUAAUUAUUGAUAAUGAUGUAUAAUGUGUUGUUGUGCUGUUUAUUAAAUACAUAAACUGAUCUUGUAAGGUUGGAACAUUAUACCAUACCGAACAAACUGAAAAUCCAGGAGAAAAAAAAUGUGUCGUAAACUCAUUGAAGCCAGUCUAUAAAAUGUUUGGUCUGGAAGAAAGGGGCGGGGUCUAUAAAAUCAGUAUGCUAGAUUAGCUCCGCCCCUCAUCGACUAAGCAGACUGUAGUUUGCAGAAGUAAAUUUGACAACAUGAUGGGUGUUUUUGGUUUCAUUUCUUUAAAACGGAAGGGAAUGUAACCACAGCUUCCAUGUUUUCUACAUCGUUCAUUGGUCUAUCCGUAAAUGAAACUGUUUCUAAACUAGUGUUUACAAUUUUCCACAUGCUACAGUAGGUAGUAAUAGUUAUAAUAGUUAUAGCUAUCUUACACCCUUACACCCUACGAAGAGUCAGUAUAUUCACGCCUUCCACCUGCGCUGUAAAAUUAACAACAACAUUUUUGCCGUAUUGCCGAUAUUUUAUCAGCGGAAAACACAAGUGAGCCACUGUCUGAUUAAAACCCUGACAACAGUCAUCUGUCAGAUGUCCAAAUCCCCAUUCCUAUCUUCAGCACCUUUACCUUCACAGCGUGAACAAGCAGCUCCGUUUCUGCUGAGAAGCGCGGAAACUUUGCACUGUUAAAAUAGCAAUCUGCCAAAGUCAGAGCUCACCUGGCUCUUAAAGGAAAUAAUGAGCAAGUAAAACUCUGAUUGGUUUAUUUCACAUUACGACCAAAAUUUACCAACACACCCAUGAUUAAUUAAGAGAAUUAGUUUAUGUCUAUUCCACGUUUUGAGCUGCAAAAGUUGUACUUUUCACGUUGUUACGAUAGCAAAGACACACUGACAUGCCCUUAAUCAAGCUGGGCCAUGCACGGGUCAUGACUUGCCACUAAAUGAAGAUGCUUAGUCCCAUGUGUGUGUAAAGACGUGUGUAAAGAAUUAAACAAAUCUUUCUCUUUUCUAUUUUAGUAUUUUAUUUCACAUCAAAUGUAUUUGAGCCAAUAACACAAUUAACACAGUUAAUACAAUUAACACAACUAGCCAAUUAGGACUCUGCAUAUCAAUUGCAAAGCUCUCUACACAAGGUGGAUGAAUACUAGCGUAUACUUCCUCUGAUACAGCUAUAUAACUUUCAAAAUAAAUUUGGAUAUUUGUUAAUCAUCUUUAAAAUGUAUUAACAUUAAGAACUGCACGCACAAAAUGUAUGUUGUGUAACAGCAGUUUAUUACGUCUUUAGUUACAGCAAAUGCAUCAAUGCAAGAAACCCACACCCACCCACACACACACACUUACAAACACACACACACAACCACAUACACACACAACCACACACACACACACACACAACCACACACACACACAGAUACUAUAUCUACACACAGGCUCAUACCGCAGGAUGUGGGUUAGAAAGUCUGAUAACUGUUUGCAGCACAGAGGAGAAAAACACAGGAAGUUCAUAUCUGUGUGAUUAACUUCAGUCACUUCUAUAAAAUAUAAUUCAAAUAUAUAUAUUACUUACAUAUAAAAGCAGUGAUGGGAAUAACGACGUUGAAAUAAACGCUGUUACUUUUUUCAGUAAGGAGUAAUGUAACUAAUUACUCUGACUGUAACUAUAACGCUGUUACCGUUCUACACCCCGUUACUGCACGUUACUUUAGCCACCCGGGGGCAAGUAACACAAAAGUAACGCAAUAGUUACUUUUACUGGUAACUAGUUACUUUUAUAGUGGAGUAACUCAAUUAGUAACUCAGUAACGUUUUUGGAGAAGUAACUAGUAACUAUAACUAAUUACUUUUUCAAAGUAACGUGCCCAACACUGUAUAAAAGUAAUAUAAAAGGUUAUAAAUGCGCAGUUUGAUCACCGGGGGAGAGUAUAGUUAGCAGUAUGAGUGCAGUCACAGACGGAUAUGACUGUGUUUCUGUUUUAGUCUUCACUGUUGCUCAAACUCACUGCCAGUAUAAAUGAGUAAGACUGCAGGAUUCUCAGAAGUGUCUUCCUCUGUGAAUUUGCUCUAUUUGCACUGAUAUUUCACUUCCAUGAUUUCAUAACACAUCAGAGUUUAUGAUCUGUGCACAUUUUUGUGACUAUAGCAUUUUUAAAAAGUUUCUUAAAUAUAGAAGUUUCUCAAUUUCUCUGUAAAAUGUUAUUAUCAUGUGUUGAACUGUAUAAAAUGUUUUUUCUAA